AUGUCGUCAAUCAUCGGCCGCUCUGCCUUCCGCGCAACGCGCUCGCUCCGCGCCGCCGGCCCAACUGCUGGUGCCGGUGCCAGAGAAAAGCAAGAGGCUGGCCAGAAAGUGCUGAAGUCUGCCGGAAAGAAAGACCCUGAGCUCAUCGUCCUCUUCACCAUCAUGUCUGGCGCCUUUGCGCUAGUUGGCUGGCAUUUCUCCCGCUCGCCAACCAGCUCCUCCUCCGAGAAUCCCGUGGCCAAGGUUGUCGGCUCUGAGCCCUGGAAAACUGGCGGGUCCGGCAAGUACGAGUACCACCCCGGCGGCGAUGCCAACCAGCCGAAGAAGGAGGCUCCCUCAGCGCUCAACACCGUCAUCAUCCCGAACGUCAACCUGCCGAAGGAGCUGCACGAGAAGUACAACAAGUACGGCAAGGAGGGAUAUUAA